AAGAGAUUUUACUCUCUUAAAGUAGCUCCUAAAGUUAAAAGCUCACCAACUGCAGCAAAAGUGAAAUUAUCUCCAGAGUCUGAGGAUCUUGAGAUCACAAAAUUACCAAAUGGCUUAGUUAUUGCAUCUCUGGAAAACUUUUCUCCAGCUUCAAGAAUUGGUGUGUUUAUUAAAACAGGCAGCAGAUAUGAAACCACCAGCAACCUGGGAACUGCUCACCUGCUUCGUCUUGCAUCUAAUUUGACUACUAAAGGAGCUUCCUCCUUCCGGAUUACUCGAGGCAUUGAAGCUGUUGGGGGCAGCCUGAGUGUGUACUCAACAAGAGAGAAGAUUGCUUACAGUGUUGAAUGUCUGCGGGACUACGUUGAUACAGUAAUGGAGUAUCUUCUUAAUGUCACCACAGCAUCAGAGUUCAGACCAUGGGAAGUAGCUGAUCUUCAGCCAAAACUGAAAGUUGAUAAAGCAAUUGCUUAUCAGAGUCCUCAAGUUGGUAAGUGUGUUUUCUAAUCCACUGCAUUGGCUCUGUGAGAGUUCCUCCAAAACGAAAAAAAUGUGGAAAAAAUAGUUUCCCUUUUGCUCUGUCACAUGACCAUUUAAUAUUUCAGCCUGUUGAUAGGUAUGAUCUUUUUGUUGUAAGGGAACUUUUUUUAAUACACACAUUUUUCCAGCCCGUGAUAACAUUUAGCAAGUAACAUACUGAAGACAGUUUACACCGUUCUUGACAGCUUUCAUUUUACCUUUUUAAUUCUUUUGGAGUACAACCAAAGAAUGUGCAAAUCAUGACUGUUGUUGACAAUGUAUUUGUAACAGCUUGUGUAGUGAAAACUAUUUAGGUAUUAUUCAUUGGUGUGAAAAGAGUAUUCUACAAAAGACUUCUUAAAUAUGGUUAUUUUGGUAUAAAAACAACAUGUAUUUUCAUCACACUGAAAAUGGAUUCCAGCUUUAGGAUUGUAAAUUUAGGUUUCUGUGUUUAAAGAAAAACAAAGACACACACAAAGCCUCAGCCAGAUCGAGCCUAUUCCACUUUAUCUUGUGUUAUUAACAGGAGUGAUCCAAGAUCACCCAGGUAGUUCUGCACAAUAAACAUCAUCUAUACCACUCUGUGAAGGAUGCUCACCUUCAUAACCCACUGAAGGUGACAAUGUAAUGUUGGAAAAAAUCUCUGGCUUAUAUUGAAGUCCUACUAUUUUUUUAAAUCAGAGUCACAGUCUUUUUUUUGUUUUGUUUUUAACUUGCAUCAACUGCAGGUUGGUUUUCAUAGUAAUUUAAUAUUUUCAGUUACUGUUAUGUUCAGAAACAGAACUAUGAAGAAAGGAUUGUCAUCUCUUUAGGAAAAAGUAUGAACAAAUACAAGGAGAGUAUCAAACAGGAAUGAGUAGAAUGCUAUUGGAU